AUGAAGAUACAACUCCAGCAGGUUCAACAGGCUCAACAGGAAGAAAACCGGUCCAAGGGUAACCUGGAAGGAGAAGGGGAUAGCCACAAGAGAGGUACCCCUCAGAGGCCAACUACUCCGGACGAGCAAAACUCAGAUCUCCUUCGAGAAAUGAGGAAGGAAAUGGACGAACUGAGGAGCGCCAUUAAGGAGAAGACGGAUCGAAGCGUAGACAGAAUGGUAAAGGCUAUGGACUCGCCUUUCACUGCGGCGGUACUUGAAUGCCCUGUACCAUCAAAGUUUCGCUUACCUCAACUUGAGCCGUUCGAUGGACUCAGAGACCCUCAGGACCAUCUUAAUACCUUUAAGACUACUCUAGGUCUUCAACAACCACCUGACGAGAUAUUGUGUCGUUCCUUUCCUACCACUCUCAAAGGAGCUGCAAGAGAAUGGUUCACGAAGUUGCCAACCUCGUCCGUAGACAACUUCGAGCAAUUAAGUAACGCUUUCUUGUGCCAUUUCAUAGAGGGGCAACGACCAAAGAGGCCGGCAGACUACUUACUCACCAUUAGACAGGGAGAAAAAGAAACCCUAAGGUCAUAUGUCAAACGCUUCACCCGGGAGACUCUGGAGGUGGACGAAGCCGAUGACAAGGUGCAGCUAACGACCUUCAAAGCAGGACUGAGGUCCAGAGAUCUUGUGGCCUCCCUCACAAAGAACCCGCCAAAGACGAUGGCAGAAAUGCUCCUGAAAGCACAGAAGUACAUGAACGCUGAAGACGCUUUAGAGGCCAUAAAGGAUGCAGAGAAGCCAGGAGACAGGGCAAAGAAAGAAGACGACCGUAGGGGGCAAAAGAGAGAGUGA